UGCAUAUCGACAUUGUGGCGUCGCUUACAGACCUGUUGCCGUGUUAUUAAAAGGAAGGAUUUGCUGUAUCUAUCUUCUUAGCUUAUUAAAUAAACUCAUUAGUAGAAUAAACUCAUUAUUUGCUAAUAUAGUAUAGUCUAUAUAGUAUAGAGUAUAAACAGUAUAAUAAAUAUUGUAUAAGGUUAUUCAUAAGUAUUGUAUAAAUCAUGUAUCCCAUAUGCUUUAAGCUUAUAACUAAUAGAACCCAAGUAUAUGCUACAAGAAAUUUUUCAAAUAACGUUCUUUCAAAACAUUUUCUUGCUCAAUAUAAAAAACCUGAGAAACAAUCGCUUUAUAUGAAACUUAAAACAUCAAAUUUACAUACUACACCAAAAAUGCAAUCCCCUGGACUUUUAGCCCUAAGUAUUGCAUCAAUGGUAUCUGGAAGUUAUGCUAGAAGUUGGUGGUUGAGGAAAACUCCGAUGCAACAAGAAGAAAUUUUAAAAUGGUAUAAGAAUAGACGGCAUAUAAUUCAUGGUUCUUUGGUUGUACUAUCUUUAAUUAUUGUUGCUUACUGUUCAACAUUUGUUAAGAGAGAUCCAAUAGUAAACAGUCCACGUUUUGUAAUAUAUAACGGAGCACAACAAGCUCAACAGGCUAAUAUGCUCUUUAAGUUGAUAGUACGUUCCAAGGAUAAUGUAGUACCUUUAAGUAAUCCUAUGUAUCCGAGAAUUAAAAAAGUAAUGGAGAAUCUGGCAAGGUCUAACAGAGAUAUAUUUAAACAUACUAAUUGGAAUAUUACUAUAGCUAAUCGUAUGUUUGAUCUAAUAUCAGUUCCUACUAUUAUGGUUUUAUCAGAUGGAAACAUUAUUGUUUUUUCUGAUAUCUUCAAAUUCAUUAAAAAUGAUGAUCAGUUAACAUUUAAUUUAGCUCAUGAAAUGGCGCAUCAAAUGCUUCUACAUCCAUUAGAAGCAUUGUCCUAUGAAUUGGUAAGAAAUCUCACAGUUGAUGCAAUUUGGUUCAUACUUUUUGCACUUUAUCCAUUGUGGAAUGCAGUAACAUUCUCUAUGCUUGUCUAUAUAUUUUCUAUGAGUAUCUUUUGUUGGUACAAACGACGCUGCGAAAUUGAAGCUGACAAAAUAGGAGUUGAAUUAUCUGCGAAAAGUUGUAUUGAUUUGAGAGAAAUUUUGGUAUUUUGGGAACUUAUGAAAAAAUAUAGAGAUGUGAUCAGUCAUGGCCAAUUAUUUGAAAUACCAUUUUUCAACAUACACCCUUCUAUAGAAGAGAGGAUAAAGAGAAUAAGCGAUGAGCUACCCAGAGCUUUGCAAUUACGAUUUCAAGCAGAGUGUUCAGAAUUACCAGACGAGGAUCCGAGAGAUAAACUUCCUCAGCUUCUAAGAGAUCUCGAAGAUGAGUUGAAGACCGAUCUCGGUUCUCUCAAAAUACAUUUGUUGUUCAUUGGAGCACCAAGAGGAAACUAUUCUAGACUAUCAAAACACAUGUUAUCCUACAUGAUCGAGCCAGGCGUUGUAUAUCGUUGUGGAAUUGAAAAUGAAAAAUGUCAGGAAAUAAAACCGCAGACAAUUGAAAAUGAAGAAGAACGCAUAGCACAACUUGGUAUGAAUAUGUUGAUAAAGAAGCAACAUGGAUGGUUUGGAAGCGCGAUGUCUAUAGACAAAUUGAAUAGAAUAUUAACAGUAUGCGCGCCGCGAACCGUAGUGACAAUUUUCAAUCCUGCUGGUGUUAAUAUGGACACUAUGCAAGGAAUGUGUUACAGUGGAAUGCUUUCUUCGAAUUCACUGUCACUUGAAUACAAAGAUAUUCAAUUUCAUGAUUUUCAGUCAAAGUUUUGGUACAAUCCAUUGCACGGUUUUACCGUUCAUUACGGCUCGUCGAUAAAGCACAACGAAGACGGCGAAGAAAAAAAAUUAACUCGAAUCGUGGGAGAGCCAAAGCACGAGAACUAUGGUACCAUACAUCUAUUACAUGCAAACAGGAGGAUGACCAUAGAAUUGCCUUUGAGCGAUGAAUUAUCUCAGUUCGGUUACAGCGUUGAGUCUGGAUAUUUUUUCAAAAGAGAUCAGGUAAUGUAUGUCAGUGGUGCUCCAGGUUGGCAUUAUAUAGGCCAGGUAGGGAUAAUUGAUCCUAUAAAUGGAUUUAUUGUGGCGAAAUUGCAUGGUACCGAUAUUGGCGAAUUUUUUGGAGCUAGUCUGGCAGUAGGAGAUUUAAAUAAUGAUGGUUUAGACGAUCUCUUAAUUGGAGCACCAUAUUGGGGAGAAGAUAGCGGAAGAGUGUAUACAUACUUUGGUACAUCCAGGGAAGGUCAGUUUGAAAUGGCUGCAACCUUAGAAGGGAAUAUAGAAGGGGGACAUUUUGGGUAUGCAAUAGCCAGUGGUGAUUUGGAUGCUGAUGGAUUUGAUGAUAUCAUUGUGGGAGCACCUUGGGAAGAAUAUGGAGUAAUUUAUAUAUACAAUGGUGGUUACAAUCUGAAAGACAGAAGUUUGCAGGCAUCGCAACGAAUCGAUGUUGCAAAGUUUUCUCAAUUUAAUCGGCCACAGAAAAUACAGAGAUUUGGGUUUUCGAUGUCAAAACCUGUCGAUAUCGAUGAAAAUGGAUAUUUAGAUAUUGCAGUAGGAGCAUACAAAUCAGGACACGCUGUAAUACUUCGUGGUAGACCAGUAGUAAAAACAGAACUUGAAAUUCAAACGACGCCUAAUAUUUUGCAAAGAGAUGCUAAAGAAUUCUUGAUUAAUGUAUGUCCGCGAUAUAUUGGUUACAAAGUGCCAAGUUCACAAGAAUUUAAGAUCACGCUUACCAUAGACGAACGAUACCAGCGGACCAAGAAAACAACCUUAGAAUUAAAAUCAUUUUAUUUAAAAGUAGAUAUGUGUUUGUCCGCCCAAAUUAAUAUUUCGAAGAACGUACAAGAUUUUAUCGAACCAAUCAGUAUUUUCGCGAAACACGAUUUUCUGUAUAACAAUGUGAUAGAAUUUUGCAAAUUGUGUCCUGUGGAAAGAAGAAACAACAGGCAACAAGUCGCGCAAACUUUACUUCCUUUCAACAUUGGUUGCGGAGAAGACAGAGUCUGUAACUCUAAUAUCUCGGCUAAUGGAAAAUUUUAUGAUGUGCACGAUAACAAUACGUGGAUCAUUGGUUCGAACGACAUAAGUUUAGAAAUCAGUUUAAAAAAUCAUGGAGAGCCUGCUUAUCUCACCACGAUCGAAUUUCUGUUACCUAAAGGAGUAAUAUUACGUAGUAUUUUAACUUCUUGCCAAGAAGACACUUUUAAAGAACAUUUACUGGUAAUUUGUGAGGCAGGCAAUCCCAUUUGGGAACGAGAAGAGAAAAAUGUUAAAUUAGAUUUAGAUAUGAGACACUUAAUCAAUGAUUCGAUACACAACUAUAAAUUAAAUUUUCAUGCAAGGAUAAACACUCGUAGUAUAAAUUUCGGAACGAAAAAUAUAAAUAAAACAUUGAAUUUAGUGAAUGAAGUAUCUUUGUCUCUCCAUGGAAAAGCAAACGAAGAAGCUUACUAUUUAACUACCUCGAACGAUAUUGCUCCAAACAUUAGUUUUCAACAUACUUAUCAGGUGUAUAAACUUGGUGCAUCACCUAUAGAGGAUGCACAACUUACUAUUAAAGUGCCAACAGCUGUACGAGAUUCAAAAAUUUUAGUUUACAUAUAUAAACCUCAGUUAUAUGUAUCAGGAGAACGUUUUGAGUGUUCAACAGAAAAUAUUUUAUUAGACACCGAAAUGAUUGAGAUGCAAGGAGAACCAUCCUCGGAUCAAUUUGAUAUACCUUUGUUCUCUAAUAAAAUACAAGAAAAUAAAGUUCGUGAAUUAUACAGAAGAGAUGCGAAUGAAUUGAUGAGAGAAUUCUAUGAUGUAGAAAACACUAAAGCCUUGCAAGUUUUAAACGAAAGUUUGACAAUUAAUACCGUUUAUAUGAAUUGUUCGUCUAUCGAAGUAAACUGUACGACUAUUGUAUGUGAUUUAAACGCACUGAAAACUUUGCAGGAUAUUGGAAAGAUAGUGAUUAAACUUUUCUUGAAUACCGAAGGACUUAAAGAUGACUUUAAAGACGGUAGAGUUGUUUUAAAAUUCAGCAGCCAAGCUAGUGUAAAAGUAAUCAAACCUACUGUAAGGCUAGAUGUCAACGGAACUCGCUCUGCAUUGGAAGUUGUAACAAUGUUUUACAAUGCUCCGAAAGUAGAAGAGUUAAAGUUAUGGAUUGUUCUGGUCUCUGUUUCAAUAGGAUUGUUAUUGUUACUUAUUAUCAUUAUAAUUUUAAGCACGUUGGGUUUCUUUAAACGCAAAGGAAAACAAGAUCUAACAGAUUUAAAAAAUAAUGAGAUAACAGAAAAAGAAACUACACCAGUGACUGAAUCCGAUAACUAAAACGGUGUUAGACGCACAUAGUAUACUUAUUGUAGAAAAACGAAUUAUAUUUAAUAAACUACCUAAUUCCUAUUUACAUUAGGUUCAACGCUUUAGAUGAAACAUUCUUCACUUAUGUAUACAAAUGUUCAUUUUUAUUAAUUACAUGUGUAUUUACAAGCCGCAUGUGAACACUUUAACUUGACGGAACGUAUAAUGCAAAAGACUUGCAUCUUAACAUGUACAUCAACUAACGUGGCUAUUUACAUUUCAUUUAAUGAAAACUUUACAGUAUACAGUCGAAGAAUGAACAACAGUGCCUGAUGAAUCGAUUCACCAUUGCAAGUAAAGAUA